AUGCAUUCGCAAUCCGACGCAAAGCAGCUCGCAGACCAGUCCGAGGUCAUCCGCCUGCUCGAGGCCGAUACGGUGCCCUGGUACCGGAAGCCCAACCUCCGAUUCCUCUAUUUCUGCCUCGUCCCCGCAGCGCUUGGUGUCGAAAUGACGACUGGCUACGACGGCUCCGUUCUCAAUGGCCUACAGGCAGUUGCCUCCUGGCAGUCGUACUUCAAUACCCCUAGUGGCGCUCUUCUCGGUGUACUCAACGCGUCGUAUAACCUCGGAGGCCUCAUCACCCUGCCUAUUGUCCCAUUUUUCAACGACAAGUUUGGCCGCAAGCAUAGCAUCACGUUCGGUUCCGUCAUCCUCAUCAUCGGUGUCAUUCUACAGUCUGCUUCUCAGAAUGUUGGCAUGUUUCUUGCAUCCAGGUUGAUACUUGGCACCGGCAUCCCUUUCGCUGUCUCAGGCGCCUCGCAACUCUUGGCCGAGCUGACCUACCCUCGGGAGCGCGCCGUUAUCACUGGUCUCUUCAACACGUCCUGGUUCAUUGGCUCCAUCAUGGCUGCUGGCGUAACGCUCGGCACCUACACUAUGCCCAAUGACUGGGGCUGGCGCAUCCCCUCGAUCGUACAGGCUGCUCCGUCGAUCCUCCAGAUCAUCUUCAUCUGGUUCAUUCCUGAAUCCCCGCGAUGGCUCUUAUCUAAGGAUCGGAGCGAGGAAGCUUUCGACGUCCUUGUCAAGUACCAUGGUGAAGGAGACCGCAACUCUGCAUUCGUCAUGGCCGAGUUCCACGAAAUAUCCGCACAGCUCAAGAUGGAAAUUGAAAACUCAAAGUCGCGCUGGAUUGAACUCCUUCAGACUCCCGGAAACAGAAAGAGGUCCCUCAUUGCUCUCUGUGUUGGUAUCUUUACUCAGUGGUCUGGCAACGGCCUCGUUUCCUACUAUCUAGCCAAGGUCUUGACAACUGUUGGUGUUAAGGAUAAGAGGACUCAGAACAUCAUCAACCUAUCUCUCUCGUGUUGGUUCUGGCUCUGCGCCACCGGAAGUGCCUUCUUGACCCGUUUCAUACCCCGUCGUACCCAAUUCUUAACAGCCUUCAUCGGCAUGACUGCCUUAUUCUCCAUCUGGACUGGUGUCAGCGCUGGCUAUGCCCAACAUGCAUCACACUCUGCAGCCGCAGCCGUUAUCGUCAUGAUCUUCCUAUAUACGUCGUCGUAUAGCAUUAUGCAGCCAUUAACUUACACCUAUAUUACCGAAGUAUUCCCUUUCGUCCACCGUGCCAAGGGGGUGGCUGUUUUGCAAUUCUUUACCCGCGGCAGCUCUGCGUUUAAUUCCUUUGUUAACCCCAUUGGUAUGGAUGCCCUCCAGUGGAAGUUCUACUUGGUCUAUGUGGUCUGGCUGGUUGUUGAGACAACUAUCAUCUUCUUCCUGUAUCCCGAGACUAAGGGGCCGACUCUUGAGGAAAUUUCAUACAUCUUUGAUGGCCCAGAGGCAGGGGCCCACCAAAAGAUCCAAGAUGAUGAGAAACAAACCGUCAGCCACAUCGACACAGUGGUAGAGGUCAAAGCUGGGGUAGCAAGGUCAAAUGUCCGCCCGUAG